GGUUGUCCGGUUGUCCCCAGAAGAGUUGAGCAUGUUUCAGUCAGGGGAGAAUGCCGACCAUAGGCGUGAAUCUGUAAAAAGUAAAAUAUUUUCUGCUGGCUGCGUUUUCAUCUUCUUCCUGUUACGUGGAAAAAAGCAUCCGUUUGUGGAAUCGUUAGAAAUAUCUAUUCACAUUUUGGAAGGCCGUCCCGUAAAUGAACUUCCGGAGUAACAUUUCGCCCGUCCUUUCGUCCUUCAAAUGAUCGAAAACGAUCCUGAGAAAACGAUCCUCUUUAUCAAAGGUCAUCGACCAAUUGACACCCCUUCAUCCGACAAACCGACUGUCAUUGCUGCAAUAUGACAGCCGAAAUUUGCUGUGCAGCAUAGGAACUCCUUCCUCUGUUUAUCACGUUGGAACAUUUGAAGGAUCGCCACUGGCUGUCAAAAGAGUUCCACGGAAGAAUUGCACCACAAAAUCCUUUGAGGAACUGAAACGAUUGGAUCACUCGAAUAUUGUUCGUUUGCUUCAUUUUGAUCAAGAUGAUCUUUACAAAUAUUUUGGGAUGGAAUUGCAUGUGGCAUCUAUGGACCAAUUUUUCCUUCCAGAAGACGAUCCAAAGAAAUAUAACGGACCGAUUCCGUCUGAAGAGCAAUUUUGUUUCCAGCUCAUCAGUGGAUUGGAGUACAUCCACGAGCAGAACCUCGUUCACAGGUCGAUCAAACCCACCAACGUUUCGAUUUCGUCAAGAAAAGAUCCGCAAAUCAAGUUGUCAGAUUUUGGAUUGACCACGUCACGUCUGAACGAGGGUCACACAUCGAAAAAUUUAAUUUGUGGAUUUCUUAGUUCACAGUAUUGGUUGGCUCUUGAAUUGCUUGAAUGUGAUUCUACUGAUGGGCAAUCUACAAAAGAAAGCGACAUCUUUGCCGCUGGAAGUGUUUUCUUCUAUUUCCUGAGCAAUAAGGCUGCCAUUCGUUUGGGGAUGCAACCCACGAAAUAUUAAAAAAUACUUGCGAAGGAAAUCAGUUCAACUUGAUUGAGAAAAUGACUAUUGGACAUUUUGCAAUGGGAUGGAUCCGUUGGAUGACUCAAAAAGAUCCUACAAAAUGACCUGCUGAGCUGUCCAAAAAGUCCGUACUCUACGCUCACUUGGAAUUAGUUCAACCAUUGAAGAAUCUCGUCACAGUUGGGACUAUUCAAUUCUCUCGAGAACAUUUUUUGGAUAGCGGUGGUUACGGACACGUAUACCUGGGCCGUUAUGACGGAGUUGAAGUUGUUAUCAAGCGAAUGCAAUGGCUCCGAGAAAACCGAAAGGAAGUCGUUGACAGAGAAUUAACAGCUUUACAAAAAAGCUGAGUCAUCCCAAUAUUGUCAAAUUCUUUGAUUCCUCAUCAGAUGAUGAUUUCACAUUACAGAGCCAUCGAGAAAUGUCUGACAUCAUUAGAUAAAUACUGCCGACAGCCGCUUCUUUAUCACGGGGUUAUCCCGAUGCCGACGGACCAACAAGUUCUCCAUCAAAUGGCCAAAGGCCUUCAUUACAUCCACUCGCAAAUUGUGAACGAUCUUCCCAAUUUGCGGUCACAACCUUUGAUCCAUCGGGAUGUCAAACCCAAAAAUAUUUUAAUUUCGUGUGACAAUCCGUCCGUCAUCAAAUGGGUCGAUUUUGGACUGUCAAGAAAUGUCGUCAACGGCAGCAGAUCCUUUACGUGGAGUCAGUUGAAAGGAACUGAUCGUUGGCUGGCACCCGAACUAAUUCAAAGUGACGUGAAAACCAAAGUGAGAGGAAGUCAACGUUGCGAUGUAUUUGCUCUCGGCUGCGUCUUCUUUUUGAAACAAGGAAUGCAUCCGUUCGGGGACGAUAACACUGCCCAAGGCAAUAUAGACAACGGGAUCCAAGUCAAUCUAAAUCAGUUAUCAAAGGAACAUUUCGCCUUCUCCAUCAUAGAAAAAAUGAUUCAAAACGAUCCUCAUUCACAACCGAAAAUGUCAGCAGUUGUCGAUGCACUUCAAUAACCGGCACCAUCGGAUUGUUUAGAAAAUAGCGGCAACGAACCUUUAAAACGUCAGCGUAAUUUGGAAAAUGAACAGGAUACCAGUAAUAAGA